ACGGGAGAGAGGGUGAACAAAAUUUGCUGGAAAAGGACAGAUGAAGAGAGGCGGCAUAUGGGAUCCUUUUGGAAGAAGAUCAGGCGGGAGACUGAAUGCAAAAUGCUGUGGUUCAGCAGCGCUCCCCGCAAAUGUCUUCCAGACGGAGGAGACAUCAACUUCUCUGAGAUGAGCGGCGGCGUCUCGCGGACUGUGGGAGACGGAGAGAAGGACAUUAAAGUGAACAAUCGUUGCAGGCGGCUUAGAGUCGCCAUACGAGAUCAGGACCAGUCAGGCGUCAGCUCAGAGCGACACGGCAACAAGGAGAGCAGUAUAGCAGUAGUGUUGCCACAGAAACCUGAAGAGCAGAAGGAAACUCUUAAGCUCAUCAGUCCCACAGAAGAACAAGUUGAAGUCAUCAAGGUUUACCUUGAAGCCCGUCCAAACACAUCAGAGAGCGUGAAAAUGCUGACAGACGAGGUGUCACAGAUUCAGGAGGUGAGGUACUGUCUGAAGAAUCUGAGGGAGCAGAUGGCAGCCAGACAGAACAACAACAAGUAUCCAGUCAAUGGCUUCAAAGUCAACGCGCCCCGCCCCCAACCAGUGGUCACCAACGGAAACUCCGCUGUCACUGAAACUCAUUAUUCAGCCAAGGUCAUCAGACUCAACAUGCCCAGCAGCCAACCAGUAGUCACUAACGGCAACGCCGUCCACACUGACGCUCAUGUCGAGGAUAAUCAGGAGGAGUGCGCGAGGCUCAGGGAGGCGACCAAGCGCCUGUACGCGCAGCUGAAGGAGAUGGAGAAGCAGCAUCAGGAGGAGGCGGACAGACUGCAGGCAGAGAAAAACCAGUGCCAGGGUCGUCUGUCCGAGCAGUCGGAGCGGCUGCAAAAGGCCGAAAAGCAGUCGGAGGAGAGAGGUCAGCAGGUGGAGGAGCUGCAGAGGCUGCUGGAGAGCAUGGAGACUGAGAACGCCAUCCUCAAAGACAAGAUGGCUGCAGGGGAGGCGGAGCUGCUGCAGCUUAAAGCGGACACAGGGAACGGGGCAGACAAGGAGCAGAGAAGCGCUGAGCUCGAGAAGGAGGUGGCCGUCCUGAAGGAAAAGAUUCAUCACCUUGACGACAUGCUGAAGAGCCAGCAGAGGAAGGUCCGCCACAUGAUCGAACAGCUGCAGAAUUCCCGCACGGUCCUCCAAGAGAGGGACAGAGCCAUCAGGGAUCUGGAGGAGAAGGUGGCCUUCCUGGAAGCUGAGAACAGAGAAAUGCAUGAUCACAUGGAGUACUUCCUGGGAGGCCAGGACUCUCUGGGCUUUAACAAUGAGAACAAACCAGAGGUCGUGUACAGCAAACCGCUUACGCCCACGACGCAGACCAACAAAGUGCUCCCGUUCAUCAAAGUCAUCGAGAUCAAAUCCUGAUUGAAUCAACGGCCAAAGAAUGAAGAUACUGUGUAAAUAUACUGUAUAUCUCAUAUCCGUGGAUGCAGCAUGUUUUAACCAACCGACCUUAUGCACAUCGGUCCAUUGUUAGUACCGCGUAUUUACUUUUGGGGCACAAAAAAAAAUUGUGUUUUCUCCGACUAAUACAGUAGGAGGAGAAAUCCUAAAAAGGACACGGGGAAGUUGUGAUGAUAUAUGCAUAGACACAAAUCAGGAUUUGUCAGGAAGUCUUCAGGAAGUAAAGGCAAUAGCAAGAGUCCUAUUUGAACCUUUAGCUUUCUCUGAAGCAGAAUUCAGAAUAACGUCUUUCAACGGGUCAGCAUGAAAGGCCAGUAGAUUAAAAACGUUUCUUAUUAUUGUAGGUCAAAUGUAUUUAGAAGGUGUGUAUUUCCAGCUCAAUCUGCUAAUUCACAAUCCGUCGGGGUUCGGGGUCAAAAUCCUGGUGCUUUGCGCCACAUUGCCAACGGCAGGCGAGCGGUUGGCUGCGUCUUCAUUAAAACGUGAUUAUUUAUGUUUAACUAAAGUAUGUUUCAUUGGAGUGUGUCAACUAUAACCAGAGUAAUAAUUCUGUCUUAUGCUUUGAGUUGUGCUGGGAAAUACUUAUUUUAAUUACUAUCUACUCUGCCAAGCCGUGGUUCAACGUGCAAUUCGUACAGGUCUCUCCUGUUCUGUGCUAAAAAGGUUUCAUAUUUUACAUUAUUUAACUGUUUCGCUCACAUAAUCAUGCAAUCGUUUGUAUGUACUUCGCCUUUUCUUUCCGUAAAAUACUUUUCUUCGCAGUCGUGGCUGUACAUUUUUAUAAAUAUUCCUCUUACUGUGAACACUGUAGAUAAACUGAAGUUUAGUGUGUGUCAUUUUAAUAUACUUUUUGUUCAGUUUUAUUUAAAAUAUAAUAAAAGAACUGGUUUAUCCGA